AAGGGUGAGGCGGCUCCGCUAGGAACUGAUGUCGGUCUGUGUGAGCCCUGGCUGGAGGGCUGGAGGCCCUGAGUGCGCUCUGAGCACGUGCAGAAACGGUUUCCCGAAGGGAUACUGUAAGGCUGUGCUUUUGGAUAGCGUGCAGUGACUCUGCAGCCUGAUGAGGUGAGCUGAGGCAAGACUUAUUGAUAAGGUCUUGCUGCACAAGUAGGAGCAAUCCAAGUUGGAUGGAGCCUAGUUCUGGUGUGCCAUACCUCCCUUUUCCUUUGCUGUUAGUGGAGAUAUCAGGCAGAAGGCGGUACGUCUCAGAGAAUCCUAAACCCCAAAAGACUGUGUUGUUUCAUGUGGUGUGCCGGUUUUUUUUUUUGCCAAAUCCACUAACCACCUAGUACCUUCGCAGAUGUAUCUGGAAUCCUCCACAAGAAGGAUAUGGAGCUGUUGGAACGGGUCCAGAGGAGGCUACAAAGAUGAGCAGAGGGCUGGAGCACCUUCCAUAUGAGGACAGACUGAGAGAGUUGGGGUUGUUCAGCCUGGAGAAGAGAAGGCUCCGAGGAGACCUUAUAGCGACCUUCCAGUGCCUGAAGGGGCUACAGGAAAACUGUGGAGGGGCUCUUGAUCAGGGAGUGCAGUGAUAGGACAAGGGGUGAUGGUUUUAAGCUGAAAAAGGCGGAGAUUAAGAUUAGAUAUUUGGAAGGAUUUUUUCCUGUGAAGACGGUAAGGCACUGGAACAGGUUUCCUGGGGAACUUGCAGAUGCCCAGUCAUUGGAGCUGUGCAAGGCUAGGUUCUAUGAUCUUUAAGGUCCCUUCCAAUCCUAACUGUUCAAUGAAACUAUGAAAGCAUUGUGUUUAAACAUCUGAAAACCACAUCUUAAAACAGAAAAGAACCUGUGAUGAUAUCAGGUACUGGAAGGGUACGUGAAGGGGCUACAGGAGAGCUGGGGAGGGACUGUUACAAAGGCCUGUAGUGAUAGGACGACAGAUAAUGGCUAUAAACUGGAGAGGGGCAGAUUUAGACUAGACAAAGGAAGAAUUUCUUCACUGUGAGAGUGGUGAGGUUCUAGCACAGGUUGACCAGGGAAGCUAUGGAAGCCCCAUCCCUGGAGGUGUUCGAGGUCAGGUUGGACAGGGCCUUGGGCAGCCUCGUCUGUGGGACGUGUCCCUGCCCGUGCUUGGAACUAGAAGAUCUUUAAGGCCCCUUCCAACCCAAAUGAUUCUAUGAUUCUGUGAUCUAUGAUCUACCAUCUAUGAUCUAUGUUCUUUCUCCCUCUCUUUUAGGCCUGAAGCUUCCCAGAACAGUGUCAGCAGGGUUGAGGCUGCUGGGGCAGCCUGAGGGCUGCUCUUCACUCCCAGAGCUUGCUGCUUCUACCUACAAAGCUUUGCUGGAAGGUAGAGAACAGACCAGCAAGACUCAGGUCGUGACAAAUGUGCAAAACUAUAGGGGUUUGUAUUGUCAGACUGUGUUGAUGCUUUUCUGGUCAAGAACAAGCUGUAGUACAAAACAUUCAGUAUGUAGUACUUCUGUGAGAAAAAUCUUUGCUGGACUCCAGUCAUACAUGGGAGUGGAUUUUGCAUGAGCACGUCAUCUCUGGGGGCUGCUGUGAGUCUAAAGCAUUGAACCGGAGCAGCUGUCCAGGUAUGCUGGACACCCUCUGGCUCACAGCGGUGUCAUUUGCCUCUUGCAGUGUGGUGUAAUAGAUUUAUUAGGCCCUGUGAAAGGCAAAAUAAGCUUGUUUUUUGCAAAAAAGAGGGGUUGGCAAAGGGAGCAGCUGACAACAGACAACUGAAUCUGGUAAAACAGAUAGAUUGGGUAGUGGUCCCACAUUCAUAUCAAUGAAGUGGCACCUGGGGUAAGACAAAGGCCUCGCAGCCUGGUGUUACUUCAGAUAUAAAUAAAGACAUCCCUUUUAUUUGGGGAAGAAAAAAUGACCACUUUAUGUGACAGAUGGGUCUAUGUGCCUGGACCUCUUUUCCUCCACCAAGAAGAAAUGUCUCGGUAAGAAUUGUGCACCUCUGACUGCAUCUGAUGUUCCCCUGGGAAAAUAACUACUUAAGUUUUUGCUGUUACUUGCUUUAUAUCUAAUCGUUAACCGGUUAUAAGUGUUUAAGGGCUAACACAGCAGUGAAUUCAUCAUGUCAAUCCCAAAUUUGUUUUAAUCUGUCACUUGAAUUAAACCACUGACUGCCUCCAGUGCUGGGAAAUUGCUGCAAUCCACACUUAUUAACCCUGUGAGUACCAGUCUCUAAGGAAACUCUCACAAGUAACUGGAUUCUGACUUGUGGCAAAAAUGCAUAUAAGUACGCAUAUGUAACCCUUCAGUCAUAAACCGUCGACCAAGUCUGAGACUAGAAUUGGAUCCAGCCACACCCAGUCUUCUCUUUCAGAUGCUGAGAAAGCAAGAGGGUCCAUCUUGAACCUCAUUACUUGAUGAGAUGCCCUCCUUAGCAACCUGUCAGAAUCUCACCUGUUUAACAUGGCAUGUGGCUUCACACAGCAUCUUAAAUGAGCAGCUGACAUUCACAAUUUGGGCGCAGAAAUAAUGAGUUAGGUUUAAUGAUGAUGAGUUCAGCUGUAAAGUCUUAAUUCCAGAACGCAUGCAGGCGUCGCAGGGGGCUUGGUCCCGUCGCAGGGGGGUUGGAGCUAGAUGAUCUUUAAGGUCCCCUCCAACCCAAACUAUUCUAUGAUUCUAUGAUCUUAGAGGUUUAAGGUUUUUGAAUUGCCUUAAGAACAAUGGCAAUGAGCCUCGCAUCCUGUCACUGCUAUAAGUGGCCAAGGCCCAUUUUGUACAUACAAAACUAUUUUAGUUUUGGAGGUGUUUUUCUGACAGGGUUCUGCCAGCACAGCCUUUGCAGCCCAAGCUGUGGGAAAGGCGACAGCAAACAGUGGUCCUCAUUGUACCACGAUGGUUUUGGCUCCAAGAGCCGAAUUUUAGACGUGCGUGGGCAGGGCUUUGAUGUCUUGCGCAGCCUCGGCUUUGCCAGCAGGGGGCAGAGCCGGUCAGUGGGAAACAGGCGUGGAAGUGGGCAUCGCACUGCCCUGGCAAGGUGGCUGGCAUGGGUGGGGUUUAAAACAAAGAGGGUAGGGCAAGCUGUCCGUGAACUUGACUGAAAGAGAAGGGAAGGGCGAACUCUCUUUUCAAUUAAUUCUUUGUUUCCCCAAGGUUAAGCCUUGCUUACCAGAAUAAUCUUAUCUGCUGAAAUGGUUUCAGUGGAAGGGGGCCCUUAACUAAACCAAGAUGCAGGCACUUUGGAAUAUGGUAGAAGUUAGGCUACUGUGUGCUUUAAUUAUACGUGGCACGAAUAAAUAGGCUUGGGAGGCGGAAGGCCUUUGAAAAAUCUGAGCAUCUGGGUUGUUAUUUAUGUUAGUGUUUAAUUUACUCAAGUAGGAAGAAGCUGGGCCGUGUACACAGAGCCUGACCCGGGUUACACCAGAUGCCUCUAAUGACUGCAGCAAAGCUACUCUGGAUGUUUACCACUACGGCAGGUUCAAAGACUCAUUCAAGGGCUCUGGUCUUUGUAUGGAUGCCACCUUCUACUGUUGAGAGACAGGGUGUGAAAAUCUAAGAAAUGAACAAAUUACGGCAAAGCUUUAGGAGAAGGAAAGAUGUCUAUGUCCCAGAAGCCAGUAGGCCUCAUCAGUGGCAGACUGAUGAAGAAGGCGUUCGUACUGGCAAGUGUAGCUUUCCUGUUAAGUACCUGGGGCACGUUGAAGUGGAUGAAUCCAGAGGAAUGCAUAUUUGUGAAGAUGCUGUGAAGAGGCUGAAAUCUCUACCUACAGUAAUAGCGCUCGACUUGUCCCCCCUGUUCCUCCAGGAAAGGAAGUUCUUCAAAGGCUUCUUUGGAAAAUCUGGGAAGAAGGCCAUUAAAGCGGUCCUGUGGGUUUCAGCGGAUGGACUCAGAGUUGUAGAUGAGAAAACAAAGGAUCUUAUAGUUGAUCAGACAAUAGAGAAGGUUUCUUUCUGUGCACCAGACAGGAACUUUGACCGGGCGUUCUCGUACAUCUGUCGAGAUGGCACAACGAGGCGCUGGAUAUGCCACUGCUUUAUGGCUGUAAAGGACACGGGGGAAAGGUUGAGUCAUGCCGUGGGCUGUGCAUUUGCAGCCUGCCUGGAGCGCAAGCAGAAGCGAGAGAAGGAGUGUGGAGUGACUGCCACCUUUGAUGCCAGCAGAACCACAUUCACUAGAGAGGGGUCAUUCAGGGUCACUACAGCUACUGAACAAGCAGAGAGAGAGGAAAUUAUGAAACAGAUGCCGGAUGCUAAAGCAGUUGAAACAGAAGUGAAAACAGUAGCACCAGGUGCUGCACCAAACAAUACUGCCCCCUCUUCUGGCUCACCAACCUCUCCUACUGCUGAAGUUGCUGCCUCUCUGGAUAAAGAAAUGAGCAAUCCCCACGCUAUUCCACGGAGGCAUGCCCCAAUAGAACAGCUUGCCAGGCAAGGGUCUUUCAGGGGCUUCCCUGCCCUUAGCCAAAAGAUGUCUCCUUUUAAGCGCCAGUUGUCUUUGCGAAUAAAUGAGCUGCCUUCAACAGUGCAAAGGAAGACCGAUUUCCCCAUGAAAAAUUCAGUCCCUGAGGUAGAAGGGGAAACGGACAGCAUUAGUGCCCUCUGCUCUCAAAUCACCACUGCUUUCAGCGCACCACCAGAAGAUCCUUUCUCUUCAGCCCCCAUGACAAAACCAGUGACAGCAGUCGCACCAGAGUCUCCUGCCUUUCAAGUUAAUGGCACUGCCUCUGCCUUCUGUGUGCUUGCUGCUAAACCAUCCCAAGCUGCUGUAGUGUCCACAGCUAUGCCAGUUCGUGAAACCAAUCCUUGGGCUUAUGCUCCUGCUGCUAAUACUGGAGCUGCAGCCAUGGUCGCUGGCGCUGAAUGGAGCAGCACCUCCUCCAGUGCGGCCUCACCAAGUCUCUUCCAAGGAAAUCACAGACGUACUCCUUCAGAGGCAGACCGUUGGUUGGAGGAGGUCUCAAAGACUGUCAGAGCCCAACAGCAGCCAACCCCAACCCCAGCCCAAGCCCCACAGCCACUGCUACAGCCUCCUCCAGCAGCUUCCCAGUCGGCACCAGCCUUCCCAGUCAGCACCUUCAUUGCACCUCAGCCGGUGCCGGUGGGCGUGGUACCACCCAUGCAGCCAGCAUUUAUUCCAGCUCAGCCCUAUGCUGUAGCAAAUGGGAUGACCUAUGCAGCCCCAAGUGUACCUGUGGUUGGAAUCACACCUUCCCAGAUGGUAGCCAACGUCUUUGGCACUGCAAGCCACACUCCAGCAGCCCAUCCGCAUCAGUCACCCAGUCUUGUCAAACAGCAGACAUUCCCUCAGUAUGAAAGCAACAGUGCUACAACCAGCCCUUUCUUCAACCCACCUGCCCAGCACAACGGCUCUGCAGCUUUCAACGGCGUCGAUGGUGGCAAAUGGGCUGCCGAGGACAAGCAUUCACAGCCCCUCGCAGCUGCUCCGCAAGUAGACCCGUUUGAAGCACAGUGGGCAGCACUAGAGAGCAAGGCAAAACAGCGCACUAAUCCCUCUCCAACUAACCCCUUCUCAAGUGAUUUACAGAAGACAUUUGAGAUUGAACUCUAAGCGGUCCUUUGGGGGGGGUGAGGGGUGGAUAAAUUGUACAUUAGAAUAGAGGGAUAAAAGAAGCAGAGGGGACCAUUUCUGAUCAAUUUGCUUUGAUAAUCCCAAAGGUCCCCUCAAACGAAAAUGAGUUAGAAAGAGGGAGCAGUUAUGGGGAGGGUAUAAGCAUACAGAGAAUUUGUUGUGCAGUUCUUAAAAGGAAUCCUGGAGCCACCCCAGUCUGCAUUCCCUCCUCACUUGGAAAGCUGGAAGUCAAACACAGCAAAUAAAAGCACCUAGUUCUGAAGAAUGUUGUGCAGAACCAUCCUUUAUCUCACAGAAAGGAAGGCAGGCUUUGUACUUGUGUCCUUCCGAUGCCCUGCAAGUCUUGGACAUUCCCCCUCAGGGAAAAAAU